AUGGGGAAAUCAUGCUUCCCCAGGUGCAGACUAGGGAGAAUAAUCGGUUGGGUUCAAAUUAUAUUGGGAAUGCUUGUUAUACUUGUGAGUAUAUCAAGUUUAUCUAGAUUCUACUCUGCUGGUUUUUUCUUGCACGAUGAGGAUAUAUGCCGCCGUUUUUACGGUUUCAAGGAUGUUUACGAGGGAAUUGAUGUUAGAGCGUUAACAGCUCGGGUCGAGGAGGUGCUUGACAAGAUGGAGAGACUGCAGGACAAGCUCGAAUCGACUGUGCAACAGAUGGAGAAGAACAAAGAAGAUUUACACAAAAGCAGUAUUUCGAGAUUUGAGUACAAGAAGUUUUUGGAGGACGAGGUAAUUAGGCCACUCUAUAGUGCCCAUAUCGCUCUUAGGCAAAUUCGUUUGCCAAGAAUCGAAAAUGGAACGCUUGUUGAAGAUCCCUUGAUUAAUAAUUUCGUGAUUGAGGAGAUUCGGAAGUAUAUAUCGCCUAAAGAGAACAGAGUUGGGAAGAUCAAUAUAUAUGGAACGGGGAAGAUAUACAACACGAUAGGGCACGCAUGUGUGUCAAUGAAGAAGGAAUUGGAAGACUAUAUGGAGUAUGACAUUGGUUCUUAUUGUAAAGAUGAUUGGAAUUUAGCACAAAAGCUUAUGAUUCAUGGGUGUGAUCCAUUGCCCAGAAGGCGAUGCUUAACUCGAGCUUCUAAGCUCUACUUGAAGCCUUAUUCGAUUAACGAGUCCCUUUGGAGAAUCCCUGAUGGUAGAAAUGUCAGGUGGAGCAACUAUCAAUGCCGGAAUUUUGAGUGCCUAGCUAGCAAGAACCCGAGGCGCGGCUAUUCCAAAUGCACUGGGUGUUUUGAAAUGGAAAAGGAGAAGCUUAAAUGGGUUACCAACACCUCACUUCCCAUAGAUUGUCUGAUAAAAGAUGUUUUGGCUAUUAAACCAGGGGAGAUAAGAAUAGGACUCGACUUCGGUGUUGGUACAGGAACUUUUGCUGCGCGAAUGAGAGAGCACGACGUCGCAAUUGUAUCGACUGCUCUCAAUCUCGGGGCACCUUUCAAUGAAAUGAUUGCACUUAGAGGUCUGAUUCCUUUGUACGUGACACUGAAUCAACGGCUGCCAUUUUUUGACAACACAUUGGACUUGAUCCACACCGCUGGAUUCAUGGAUGGCUGGAUUGAUUUACAGCUCAUGGAUUUCAUUCUUUUCGACUGGGAUCGAAUCUUAAGGCCUGGAGGAUUGCUUUGGAUCGACCGGUUCUUUUGUCAAAGGAAAGACUUGGAUGACUACAUGUACAUGUUUUUGCAAUUCAGAUACAGAAAACACAAAUGGUCCAUUGCUCCAAAAUCUAACGAUCAAGUUUAUCUAUCUGCUUUGCUAGAGAAACCACCGAGAUCUUUGUGA